AUGAAAUCUAUCCGAGAUAGUUUAGUGGCUAGAAUUACCGUUUGUCGCAUGGUAGACCGGGGUUCAAUUCCCCGUCUCGGAGGUUUUUUUUUUUUUUUUGGCUUUACCUUAGAGCCUUCAUCAAUGCCAUCAAAAGGAAGAGCUUAA